AUGAACAUCCUCCUCCUUGUGUUUGCCUUUCUCUUCUUGUGGGAUCCAGUGCUGGCAGAAAUGAAGCCAUUUUCAUCAACACUCAACAGAAAAUGUAAUGAAAACGGCAUCUGCCGAUUUGAAUGUUUUACAGCUGAAAUGUUAGUUUCCUACUGUGAGUUUCAACUGGAGUGCUGUGUAAGAGGAAACCCUGGGCCUUGA